UAAAUUUUGAACCCUAAUUUUAAAAUUAAAUUAAGCCCACUCAAAAUUUGCCGAAAUGACCCAUUAGAUAUAUACACAUAUGUACUUGUAUAGUUGUAUGUAUAGACGCGCUGGAUCGGGAAAGUCGAAUUAAAAAUCGAGAAAAUUCAAUUCCGAGGCGGUGGCAGCUAGAGGCAGGUGGCGGCGAUUCUCUCAGCCGCCGGUGGGGCAAAAAGGAAACGGUGAAGAAAUAAACUUAUCACCGUUAGAUUGAAGUCUAUAACCCAUCGAAUUAUGGAGGAUUUCUCGGAGUCCGUACCAUGUUCUUCUCUCGCAGUCGAUUCCGUCUUACGUAUGAGCUCAGCUGGAUUUAUUUGGGGUUCUUGUUUUGGUCCAUUUGAUGCUAAGCGACUAGGUCUGUCAGGCAGUGCUCGUGCAUCGUUCAUUGCCAGGACAGUUGGCCAGUGCGGGUUUUCAUGUGGAUUAUUUGCUGCAAUAUUUUCAUUUUCUCACUGUGGGCUAGAAAGGUAUCGACGGAAAAAAGACUGGGUUAAUACUUUGACAGCGGGUGCUGUUGCUGGGGCAGCUUUUGGUGCUGGAACCCGGAAUUGGAAACAAGUUGCUUGUUUUACCGGUCUUUUUCUUUCGUUUUUUCAGUUGGCCAAGGAUUCUAGAUCUGUCUGAUGCACCACUUUCAAGAAUUUCGUACGGGUGAGCAAGCUAAUGUGACUUUUCAAAUAAUAUCUCUAUUUUGCAAAGAUUUGAUGAAAUGGAGUUUAUAUUUUUAUUUUAACCUCAAUUUGAUAAAUGGAUUUCAAAUUAAUUUUCGUAA